CCACGUAAUGGUUUGAGAACAAAUACAUAUGUAUCUUCCACCAGUAUCUCAAUACUUUGUUUUUCUCGAGUAUCGGAUUACUAUAUGCUUAUCAAUCAUCUUACCUAUGCAGAUCAUGUUCCAUCUGGUAACUCAUCAUUAGUAACCCCGAAGCUUCCUGCCAAACGUCCAUUGAAGCGAAUGAGACAAAAUUCUCCACCUCCAAUCAUUGAUCAUGAUUCCCCAUUUAUAAUUCGCAACAUAAGCAAGAUAAGAACCACAAAGCCUAGACAACAACAAAGCCAUCUUUAUGAGACGCCCCCUGCAAAAUAUGAUACGAAUGGUACACAAAUCACUGGAAAUACAUCAUGUUUAACACAACUUAAACAUGCAUCUUAUUCCCAAAAAAGAAGUGAUCUUCCAUCUUUGAAUUUAGAUUCACACUUUAGAGACGAGACCAUAGACAAAGAUGAUGAAGAUGGACGUGUGGAGGCAAAUAAAAACAGUACCAACUCAAGUAGUGACGAAAUGGAGUAUCAUCUUUCUGAGAUAGAUAAUGAUGAUUGUGAGUUCAACCAAACAUAUGACGAUAGCACCAACGACGAGUGUGGAGGAACAGAUUCAGACAUUGAAAACACUAAUGUUGCUAACAGAAGAAUAGGUGAAAAUGAAGUUCAUAUAGAAACUGAGGUUGGAGAAAGUGAUAAUCAACAUCAAACAGUCAACCCUGUUCGAAAAAGGAGAAAUACCCAACCAAAACAACCAGCCAAAAAAAGGAUAAGAAACCGUAGGAAAGCCAAGCAACAAACAAAAGCAGUUUAUCUAGAUCAUGGUGAUCCAACAUAUUCAUGUAAAUUUUGUGGUGCGUUGAUGUGGUAUGAUGAGCGGAUAAACAAGAGAAGGAAUCUGAAGAAUCCAUGUUUUUCCCUCUGCUGUGGACAAGGAACUGUCAAAAUCCCGUUACUUAAAGAAUCACCUGAACUGAUUAAGAAGUUGCUUUCGGGUAAUGAUGCUCUGAGUAGAAAUUACCGUCAGAACCAAAGGAUUUACAACAUGGUAUUUGCCAUGACGUCACUAGGUGGUAAAGUAGAUCGUUCUGUCCCAAAGGGUACUGGUCCUAAUAUGUUUCGUUUACAAGGGGGAAAUUAUCAUUUGAUUGGCAGUUUACAGCCAGAUGAAGGUGAUUAUGCAAAGUACUCACAGCUAUAUAUCGUUGAUACUGAAACAGAAGCUGAAAACAGAGCUUCUGUGAUUAGCAAAACAAAAGAUUCAAAUCAAGGCUCUGGGAAGCAAAAGUUAAAAAAGGAAGUUAUAGAAGCGAUUAUACAUAUGCUCAACAGUGUUAAUCCCUAUGUCAAAAACUUCAGAUUAGCUAAAGAAAGGUUUCAAUCUAAUAAAGAUGAAACCUUUCAUAUGAGGAUUGUCUCUGAUCGGGUAGGAGUUGAUGGAAGAACUUACAGCAUGCCUACAGCAUCAGAAGUUGCUGCAUUGAUACCUGGUGAUUUCAAGAAAGGAAUGCCAUCCCGAGAUAUAAUCCUUGAAGACAAAAAAACUGGUGCACUCAAGAGAAUAAGUGAAAUCCAUAUUUCAUAUUUAGCUCUACAAUACCCACUAAUUUUUUGCUAUGGUGAAGAUGGGUGGAGGCCUGGUAUAGAGAAAUGUAUGGCGGGAACAACCAAUAGUGAGAAAAAGAAGUGUAUUAGUAUGAGACAAUGGUUUGCAUUCAGAUUACAAGAAAGGGAAAAUGAGUGUCAUACACUACUUCGAUCUAAAAGAUUGUUCCAGCAGUUUUUGUGUGACGCCUACACAACUAUUGAAUCUAACAGGUUGUCUUUUAUCAGAUAUAAUCAGUCCAAGAAGAGGUGUGAGAAUCUUGCUUCCAUUAAAGAUGCAGCGCUAUCUGGAAACAAAGAUUUGAGUGAACAAGGGAAUCUUAUGAUCCCAGCAUCUUUCACCGGAGGACCACGUUAUAUGUGGCCAGAGAUCACCAGAUAUGUGAAAAAAAGAGGUUUGACAGCAGACGAUAGGCCAGACAUUGUUGCUAGAAUCUUUAAAAUCAAGCUAGAGUCGCUUAUGAGAGAUUUGACCGAGAAAAAUCUCCUUGGGAAAACUGUUGCAGCUAUGUAUACUGUUGAAUUCCAGAAAAGAGGCCUACCACAUGCUCAUAUACUAUUGUUCAUGGAUUCUAAAAGUAAGUUGCCUACUGCUGAUGACAUAGACAGGAUUAUAUCAGCUGAGAUUCCAGAUAAGAAUGAAAAUCCAGAACUAUAUGAAGUCAUCAGCGAGUCAAUGAUUCAUGGACCAUGUGGGGCAGCAAAUCCAAACUCCCCAUGUAUGGUGAACAAAAAGUGUUCAAAGCAAUAUCCUAAAAAGUAUCAGGAUAUAACAAAAGUUGGUAGUGAUGGUUAUCCAGUUUAUAGGAGGAGAAGAACAGAAGACCGUUAUGUUGAGAAAAAUGGUAUCAAAUGUGAUAAUAGGUACGUUGUCCCAUAUAAUGCUCUUCUAUCUACUAGAUAUCGUGCUCAUAUCAAUGUGGAAUGGUGUAACCAAAACGGUUCGAUCAAAUACUUAUUUAAGUAUAUCAACAAAGGACCCGAUCGUGUAGCUGUUAUUGUCGAACCUUUUAACAAGAGUGCCACUUCUACAUCUACAUCAGCAACCAAUACCGAUAACUCAGAUACAGGAGAAAAAAAGAUAAACGAGAUUAAAGACUGGUUUGACUGCAGGUACGUCUCAGCCUCAGAAGCUGUUUGGAGAAUUUUUAAGUUCCCUAUUCAGUAUAGAUCAACCGCUGUACAGAAGUUAUCUUUUCAUGAUGAAGGGAAACAACCAGCCUACUAUGAUGAAAAUGAGGACAUUGAAGAGGUAUUGGAAAGAGUUGCUAAUCAAGAUUCAAUGUUCAUGGCAUGGUUGACUUUGAAUCGGAUUGAUGCAGUUGGAAAAGAUGGUAAACGUGCUCGAGAUUGUACAUAUGCUGAGAUACCAGCUUAUUUUACAUGGGAUGGUAAAAAUAAGCAGUGGAAAAAACGGAAAAGAGGCUUCUCUUUGGGUCGUAUUCAUUACGUACCAAGAAAACUAGAAGAUGUUUAUUUCUUGAGAGUGUUGAUUAACAUAGUCAAGGGACCAACCAGUUAUGACGAUAUCAAAACAUACAAUGGGGUUGUAUAUAAAUCGUAUAAAGAAGCCUGUUUCGCACGUGGUAUCAUAUCCGACGACCAGUUUUGGAUUGAUAGUAUAAUCGAUGCAAGCCAGUGGUGUUUUGCUGAUUAUCUACGCAAUUUUUUUGCCAUGUUGAUUCUAUCUGACUCACUAUAUAGACCAGAACAUGUUUGGGAAGAAUCAUGGAAGUUGUUGUCUGAAGAUAUAGAACAUCGGAAGAGAGACGAGUAUAACAACCCAGAUCUUACGUUAACUGAUCAGCAAAUCAGAAACUACGCACUUCAAGAAAUUGAGAAGAUUAUGUUGAUUAACGGAGGUUCCCUUAAAAAUAUCACCGACUUCCCACAACCAUCUAGAGAAGAUCUUGAUAACUCCAACCGUUUAAUUGCUGAUGAAAUGAGGUAUAAUGAUGGUACUUUGAAAGAAAAACACGAUCAGUGGGUUGAAAUGCUAACUUCUGAGCAAAGAGCCAUCUACGAUGAGAUAACUGGUGCUGUUUUAGAAGACAAAGGGGGAGUGUUCUUUGUUUAUGGUUUUGGAGGAACAGGUAAAACGUUUAUUUGGAAGACUCUCUCGGCUGCUAUUAGAUAUAGGGGAAAGAUAGUGCUCAACGUUGCCUCCAGUGGGAUUGCUUCUUUGUUGUUAGAAGGUGGAAGGACUGCACAUUCUAGAUUUGCUAUACCUCUAAUAGUGGACGAUUAUUCUUUAUGUAAGAUUAAGCCUAACUCUGAUCUGGCUAAUCUUAUAAAAGAGGCAUCUCUUAUUAUUUGGGACGAAGCACCAAUGAUGAGCAAGUAUUGUUUUGAGUCUUUAGAUAGAAGUUCUGCUGAUAUAAUGUGCAACGUAAGCAGCAGUGUUUUCGCUGGUAAAGUUGUUGUUUUCGGAGGUGAUUUCAGACAAGUUCUUCCAGUUAUCCAUGGUGCAGGACGAGCUGAGAUAGUCUUAUCUGCUCUCAAUGCUUCUUAUCUUUGGGAUCAUUGUAAGGUUUUGAAGUUGACUAAGAAUAUGCGUUUGCUGCAAAAUGGCUUAAGUCAAACUGAAGCUAAUGAUAUCCAAGAUUUUUCAAACUGGUUAUUAGAUGUUGGUGAUGGUAAGAUUUCAGAACCUAACGAUGGUGAAGCUUUGAUAGAUAUUCCAGAAGAAUUCCUGAUUACAUAA